GCGAGAACGCGCAGGCGGCGCUCGUGCCGUUUCAAACAUGGCCGCGUCCGUGCCGUGGAUUUCGUGACGUGGAUGGGAACCGCGGCCCGAGGAAUACUUUCGCGCCCGUAUCGCCGAGUGCAGGACCACGGGACGUGCAGCCGAUAACCGCGGGCGUCGACGAUGUUUGAGAUCACAGACUUCCAGAAAAUCGGCGUCGGCCUCGCCGGCUUCGGCGUUGCCUUCCUGUUCCUGGGCGUCCUGUUGCUGUUUGACAGGGGCCUCCUUGCCUUAGGAAACAUCCUGUUCCUCACUGGCCUGGCGUUUGUCAUCGGCCUGGAGCGCACAUUUCGGUUCUUCUUCCAGAGGCACAAGAUUCGCGGCACGCUCGCAUUUUUUGGUGGCAUUGCCAUCGUCAUCUUUGGCUUUCCCCUCAUCGGGAUCAUCGUUGAAACCUAUGGCUUCAUCCUGCUCUUCAGCGGGUUCUUCCCCGUUGUCAUCAACUUCCUCCGUAGGAUACCCCUCUUGGGCAGCUUACUCAACCUGCCAUUCAUAGGACCGUUAAUGGAUCGCCUUUCAGGAGACAAGAGCAGGUCGAUUGUGUGAGCUUUUGUUCCGGGCCCCCUGGUGGCUGCUGUCUGCACUGGGGCACGUCGCCAUCCUACUCCACUCGGCUGCGUCCAAGGCGGCCGCGGGGGCCUUGCGGGUGCGUGACGCGGCCACCGGUGUAGCACGGCAGGUGCGUGACGCCGCGGCUGACAGCGCAUCGAGGGGAGCGACAGCUGCGAGGGAAGCGGCUACUUCGGCAACGGCCACCAUAGGCGCUGGUGCCGUGGCGGUGCGGUCGGCGGCAAACCUUGGUGCUGCGCGAGCAGUGACGGUGGUGACGGAAGUGCGGUCUGCAGCGAACCUAGGGUUGGCACAAGCGGCAGCGGUGGUGGAAGACGUGCGGUCUGCAGCGAGUAACAGCGUGGCACGAGCGGUAGCGGCAGUAUGGUCGGCGGCGAGCAUCAGUGCAGGUGCAGUGCAGGCAGCGAAGACGGCUACGUCUGCAGCAGCCAUUGGUGUCGCCAGAGCUGCAACAUCUGCGAAGGCUGCAGCUGCUGCCGGAGCUGAGAUAGCGGCGGCUCAAGUCGCCCGGACUGCCCGCUCCGUUGCCUCCGUCAGAGCCACGGAAGCAACACGGGCAGCCCGUUCUGCGGCCAGUGUCGGCGCGGCAACGGCAGUUCGCGCCGUCAGCUCUGCGGCAGAACUUGGUGCUGCACGUGCGGUGCAGGUCUUGGAUGCCAUGCAGAAGCGCAGAGCUAACCAACAGCCCGCAGACAACCUAGAAGCUGGCCGCCGCAAGGGCCCAUCACCUGACCGAAGCAGCCAACGAUCAAGCAAGAACCCAAAGAACAGCUCCGCUGAACGAAAUCGUGAGCACAAAAGCAAGAGCCCGAAAAAGUCUACCAUAUCGCCACCCCCCAAAAGUCCGCCCAAGCGUUGAAAAUCGUCAGUGCCCGUUUCUGACCUUGCACUGCCACCAGUGCCUGGCUGUUGUGCUCCCUCGCCGUCUGUCGUCAUUCCUCCUUGAGUGUGUCUCUUGCCAUCAAGUCACCUGAUGUCAUCAUUCCUGCCUUCGUUAUGGGUUACCCUGCACUCCUCUUAACUCCCGGUUUCUUUUGCGUGCUUGCGAACACGUCACCAGCAGCCGUCAAUAAAGGCGCGCUCUUCCUGUACAUUGCUGCAGUAUUACAUGAAACCACUUGUUUUGGGGGUUGUGUGUUGAGCCUUUAUUGUAUAGAAAUGUGCAGUGCCUUGAUGGGGCUAACAACACACACAUUUCUGUGCAGAGUAUCUGAGAGAGUGAAGUGAGGCAACUCUAACCAAAGCUCACUUUCGCCUAUUUAAUUUGAUGUGUUGUUAUAUUCUUUUUUUGUAAUUAAUGUUUUUUUUUUGUUUUUGUUUUUUCAUUUGUGUUGGUACAUUUGGAACACUAUGUAUAGCAACUCACAUGACUGAUCUUGCCUUUGGGAGAUGAGGCAAAUAAAACUAUUAUAAAAACAUGGCAAGUAGGAAA